UGAGAAACAGAAAUGGCAAGAACCAAGCAGACCGCCCGUAAAUCUACCGGAGGCAAAGCCCCCAGGAAGCAGCUGGCCACCAAGGCUGCCCGUAAGAGCGCCCCGGCCACCGGCGGCGUGAAGAAGCCUCACCGUUACAGGCCCGGUACCGUGGCUCUGAGAGAGAUCCGUCGCUACCAGAAAUCCACCGAGCUGCUGAUCCGCAAGCUGCCCUUCCAGCGCCUGGUCAGAGAAAUCGCUCAGGACUUCAAAACAGACCUGCGCUUCCAGAGCUCCGCCGUCAUGGCUCUGCAGGAGGCCAGCGAGGCCUACCUGGUCGGCCUGUUCGAGGACACCAACCUGUGCGCUAUCCACGCUAAGAGGGUCACCAUCAUGCCCAAAGACAUCCAGCUGGCCCGACGCAUCCGCGGAGAGAGGCAGGACGGCCUGGAUGUUGGGCAGCACGCCGCCCUGAGCGAUGGUCACUCCGCCCAGCAGUUUGUUGAGUUCCUCGUCGUUGCGGACAGCCAGCUGCAGGUGACGGGGGAUGAUACGGGUCUUCUUGUUGUCGCGGGCAGCGUUUCCAGCCAGCUCCAGAAUCUCAGCGGUCAGGUACUCCAGCACAGCCGCCAGGUAGACGGGGGCGCCGGCUCCCACACGCUGAGCGUAGUUUCCUUUACGGAGCAGCCUGUGAACACGGCCGACUGGGAACUGGAGCCCGGCACGGGAGGAGCGGGUGACGGCAUCACGGAUCACGUUCUCCAGGAACACCUUCAGCACACCGCGGGUCUCCUCGUAGAUCAGACCGGAGAUACGCUUCACUCCGCCGCGGCGAGCCAGACGGCGGAUGGCGGGCUUGGUGAUGCCCUGGAUGUUAUCACGGAGAACUUUACGGCUUUCUCUAAGGAGAUGCUGUCAGAGACACUGGUCGAUAAAGUGCCCGAAUACAUUGAGAAACUGGGAUCUGCUAUUGGUUCACUGAAUCCAGUCCCGAAUGCUGUUAGACUUGGAGCUUUGGUGAUUUCCAUGAUCAUAGAGAUCAUCAUCAAGAGACAAAAAGCCAUGGCAAGAACCAAGCAGACCGCUCGUAAAUCCACCGGAGGAAAAGCCCCCAGAAAGCAGCUGGCCACCAAGGCUGCCCGUAAGAGCGCCCCGGCCACCGGUGGAGUGAAGAAGCCUCACCGUUACAGGCCCGGUACCGUGGCUCUGAGAGAGAUCCGUCGCUACCAGAAAUCCACCGAGCUGCUGAUCCGCAAGCUGCCCUUCCAGCGCCUGGUCCGAGAAAUCGCUCAGGACUUCAAGACCGACCUGCGCUUCCAGAGCUCCGCCGUCAUGGCUCUGCAGGAGGCCAGCGAGGCUUACCUGGUCGGUCUGUUCGAGGACACCAACCUGUGCGCCAUCCACGCCAAGAGGGUCACCAUCAUGCCCAAAGACAUCCAGCUGGCCCGUCGCAUCCGCGGAGAGAGGGCUUAAACUGUCUGCUGCUGCUCCACACACCACAAAGGCUCUUUUAAGAGCCAUCAAAUCAUCCUCAAAGAGUAUUUCCUUUUUAUUAUUCUGUCUUUUCCCCUAAGUGCGCAAUCUGUAGGCUACCUAUUAUGAAAUAUUGACACAUGUGAGCUACUUUUGAAGUAAGGAAAGCAACACAAACUU